UUAAUAGGGGUAUUAACUAGACAAAGAGACGAGAUUGGUGCUGCGGACAAGGAUGGCAAGACAGCUCUCCACUGCGCAGCCGCUGCGCGCUCUGGGAAUGCUGUCUCGCGUCUACUCGGUGGAGGUGCUAAGGUCGAUGCUGUUGGCAAGGACAUCAAGACUGUACUCCGCUAUGCAGCAGCUUCUGGCUCGGAAGACACUGUUUGGUGCCUGCUCCGCGAGGAUGCAGACAUCAAGGCCGUGGGUAAGGAAGGCAAGACUGCUCUUCAUCAUGCAGCCCGUCUUGGUCUUCUCAAUGUUGUCCAAGUAUUGGUGUCAAGAGGUGCUGAUAUGGAAACCGCAGACGUAAAUGGUCAGACU